GGAUAUUAAAAAAUAUCCUUACAAUCUACCAUAUUACAAUAUUCCACGCAAGUUUCAAACUACGUACCUAUAGGUAAUUUACAAAAACCGUAAACAAUAUUAAAGUAAAUAAAAAGAUAAAAUGUUUAUAAUGCAAAAUAACAGAAUGGGAAAUCCCCAUUUGUUUUAUAAAAAUAGAUAAAUAAAAAUGUACAUAUUUACUAAAAAAAGUUCAAUGUUAUUUAUAAGACAGGAACGUAUUUAAAUGUAUUAGUUAUUAAAUGAUAACACACUUCCUAAGUAUUCGUAUGAUUUUAUUUAAUCAUGAAAUUAACCCACUUUACAUUACAUAAAAACACAUACUUAUAAACCACCAAAAUUAUGUAUGUUUUACUCAUACAUACUUGCUAAAAUGAAGUUUAUUCUGUUCUUUAUAUCAACCUUUAUUUUUUAUGAACAACUUCAUUCCUUUGUUCCAUGUAAAACUGAAACAUACGAUGCAUGUGCUACAGCCAGUUGUGUGGAUGAGCCAACUAGAUGUCCUAAAGGACAAACCAUAAUCUACGGAGGCUGGUGCAGAUGUUGCAGAGUCUGUGCAACAAUUUUAAGGGAAGGUGCUAAAUGCCCCUUUGAUGCCUAUAUAGGAAUUGGACCGCCAUCUAGAUUUUGUGACGAAGGGUUGAGAUGUAUUCAAGGUGUUUGUACUAAAGUUUAAUAAAU